CAACGUUAAAAGCAUUUGUAUAAAAAACAGACACAUAAUAUUAUAUACAUAUAAUGUUAGUACCAAAGUACCAAAACAUGGAAAAUGGUUCAGUAAAAUCACCGGAGCCCACAGCCAACUCUUCCUGGAAAAUAUGUAUGCAUAAUUUAUUAAUUUGAAAUCUGAUUGACUUGAUCUCCCGAUUGCUCGCUCGUGCUCCCGGGACAGCUUUUGGAUACGGGGCGGGCCGCACGCGCUGCUCCACCCCCAGGUGUCGCGGUCCGGUUUAAAUAGUGUGGAGGAGGAAGGACCACAUCAUCAUCAUCAUCAUCAUCAUCACUAUCUCUUCAUUUACUGUACCUGACAUGAUAUUGCCACUUCCCUCGAGUUCAGCCUGCAUCCUGCACUGACGACUGAAGCGCAGCACGGCCACAAUCCAAACAGAGGUCAGAGGUCAACUCAGCUCCCAUAGCUGCAGCAGAGGCUGAACCAGCCACUAGUGAGCAUCCAGACGUCAGUUCAACCUCCUGUGAAGCACCUGACAUUGUCCCUGAGGCUCUUCCCUGCACACCACCAUCAGCUCCUAGCAGUGACGCUUCCAACAUGGCAGACCCAGCCGCUGAUGACAGCAAGUACCUCUUUUUGGAAAAUGAUUUUCGCAACAGUGGGGUGGCACAAGCUGACUGGUCGGCCAAGAAGAUGGUGUGGGUGCCGUCAGAGAGGGAAGGCUUCGAGGCAGCCAGCCUUAAGGAGGAGAAAGGUGAUCAGGUGCUGGUGGAGCUCUCCAAUGGUCAGAAAUUAACAGUGAAUAAAGAUGACAUUCAGAAGAUGAACCCGCCCAAGUUCAGUAAAGUGGAGGACAUGGCUGCUCUCACCUUCCUCAACGAAGCCUCCGUCCUUCAAAACCUGCGGGAGAGAUACUUCUCCAGCCUGAUCUAUACGUACUCGGGUCUCUUCUGCGUGGUGGUGAACCCCUACAAGAUGCUGCCCAUCUACUCUGAAAAGAUCAUCGAUAUGUACAAGGGCAAGAAACGUCACGAGGUGCCGCCACACAUCUACUCCAUCACAGACAACGCCUACAGGAACAUGCUGCAAGACCGUGAGGAUCAGUCUAUUCUCUGCACGGGUGAGUCUGGAGCGGGUAAGACAGAAAACACCAAGAAGGUCAUCCAGUACCUGGCUGUCGUCGCCUCCUCACACAAGGGCAAGAAGGACGCCAAUCCUCAGCAAGCUAAUCUGGCCUACGGGGAGCUGGAGAAGCAGCUGCUGCAGGCCAAUCCCAUCCUGGAGGCCUUUGGAAAUGCUAAGACCAUCAAAAAUGACAACUCCUCACGAUUUGGGAAGUUCAUCAAGCUCAACUUUGAUGUGACUGGCUAUAUUGUUGGAGCAAAUAUUGACACCUACCUGCUGGAGAAGUCUCGCUGCAUUCGUCAGGCCAACACUGAAAGAGCAUUUCACAUCUUCUACUACAUGGUGGCAGGAGCCAAAGACAAGACAAGAGAGGAGCUGCUGCUCGAGGACUUCGGCAGCUACCGUUUCCUGAUGGCGGGUCACGUAGAGAUUCCUGGUCAGGAGGACGACGAGAUGUUUGAUGAGACUCUUGAAGCCAUGGAGAUCAUGGGCUUCACUGCUGAGGAGAGAUUAGGAAUGCUGAAAGUGGUGUCCACUGUGCUUCAGCUCGGAAAUAUCAAGUUUGAGAAGGAGAGGAACAGUGAGCAGGCAACUAUGCCUGACAACACCGCUGCCCAGAAGGUUUGUCACCUGCAGGGCAUCAAUGUGACCGACUUCACCCGUGCCAUCCUCACCCCACGAAUCAAAGUGGGCAGGGAGGUGGUGCAGAAGGCGCAGACCAAGCAGCAGGCUGAUUUUGCUAUUGAGGCUCUGGCUAAGGCCAUGUAUGAGCGUCUGUUUCACUGGAUUCUGGCAAGAGUCAACAAAACUUUAGACAAGAGUAAAAGGCAGUCGUCCUCCUUCCUGGGCAUCCUGGAUAUUGCCGGCUUUGAGAUUUUUGAGGACAACUCAUUUGAGCAGCUCUGCAUCAACUACACCAACGAGCGUCUGCAGCAGCUCUUCAACCACACCAUGUUCAUCCUGGAGCAGGAGGAGUACAAGAGGGAAGGCAUCGAAUGGAACUUCAUCGAUUUCGGCCUUGACCUGCAGCCCUGCAUCGAGCUGAUCGAGAGACCAAACAACCCUCCAGGCAUCCUGGCCCUGCUGGAUGAGGAGUGCUGGUUCCCCAAAGCCACUGACGUUUCCUUCGUGGACAAGCUGCUCAACACCCACACUGGUCAUGUUAAAUUCUCAAAACCCAAACAACACAAAGACAAACUGAUGUUCACUGUGCUGCACUAUGCUGGUAAGGUAGAUUAUAAUGCUGCUAACUGGCUGACAAAGAACAUGGACCCACUGAAUGACAAUGUGACAGCUCUGCUCAACAACUCCUCCAACGCCUUCGUCCAGGAUCUGUGGAAAGACAUGGAUCGAGUGGUGGGUCUGGAGACCAUAACCAAGAUGUCAGAGAGUUCAGCUCCAACCUCCACCAAAUCCAAAAAGGGCAUGUUUCGCACCGUGGGGCAGUUGUACAAGGAGUCUCUGGGAAAACUGAUGACCACGCUUCAUAACACCCAGCCCAACUUUGUCCGCUGCAUCAUCCCUAACCACGAGAAACGGGCUGGAAAAAUGGACGCUCACCUGGUGCUGGAGCAGCUGAGGUGUAACGGGGUGCUGGAGGGCAUUCGAAUCUGCAGACAGGGAUUUCCAAACCGCAUCGUUUUUCAGGAGUUCAGGCAAAGAUAUGAGAUCUUAGCUGCUGGUUCGAUUCCUAAAGGCUUCAUGGAUGGGAAACAAGCGUGCUGUCUGAUGGUGAAACACCUGGAUCUCGACCCCAACCUGUAUCGCAUCGGUCAGAGUAAGAUGUUCUUCAGGACGGGGGUUCUGGCCCAGCUGGAGGAGGAGCGGGACCUGAAACUCACUGUUGUCAUCAUUGCCUUUCAGGCACAAGCUCGAGGUUUUCUGGCUCGCAAGGCAUUUAGUAAACGGCAACAACAACUGACUGCUAUGAAGGUCAUCCAGAGAAACUGUGCCUGUUACCUCAAACUCAAGAACUGGCAGUGGUGGAGGCUCUUCACUAAGGUGAAGCCUCUGCUGCAGGUAACCAGACAAGAAGAGGAAAUGGGUCAGAAGGAGGAGGAACUGAAGGCAGCACGAGAGGUGGCAGCCAAAGCUGAGGCUGAACUGAAAGACAUCAGUCAGAAACACACCCAGCUUAUUGAGGAGCGAGCCCAACUGGAGUCAAAGCUUCAGGCAGAGACGGAGCUGUAUGCGGAGGCCGAGGAGAUGAGGGUCCGCCUGGAAGCCAAGAAGCAGGAGUUGGAGGAGGUGCUCCACGAAAUGGAGUCUAGGCUGGAGGAGGAAGAGGAGCGAAGCAACGCCCUGCAGCAGGAGAAGAAGGACAUGGAGCAGCAGCUUCAGCUGAUGGAGGCCCACAUCAUCCAGGAAGAAGAUGCUCGACAGAAACUCCAGCUGGAGAAAGUGGCUGUGGAGGGGAAGGUGAAGAAACUGGAGGAGGACAUUCUGCUUAUGGAGGACCAGAAUAACAAACUGCAGAAGGAGCGGAAGCUUUUAGAGGAGAGGAUGGCAGACAUGAGCUCUAACCUGGCCGAGGAGGAGGAGAAGUCCAAGAAUCUGACCAAACUCAAGAACAAACACGAGUCUAUGAUCUCUGACCUGGAGGUGCGCCUGAAGAAGGAGGAGAAGGCUCGUCAAGAUGUGGAAAAGGCCAAGAGGAAGGUGGAGGCCGAGGUGGCCGACCUUCAGGAGCAGUACGCCGACCUGCAGGCCCAACUAGCAGAGCUCCGGGCCCAGCUAGCCGCUAAGGAAGACGAGCUCCAAGCAACACAGGCCCGGUUAGAGGAGGAGACUAAUCAGCGUGGGGCAGCAGUGAAGCGAAUCCGGGAGUUGGAGGCAAUGCUGUCAGAGUUGCAGGAGGACCUAGAGGCCGAGAGGGCGGCGAGGGGGAAGACAGAGGCUGCUCGACGGGACCUCGGGGAGGAGCUGAAUGCUCUGCGAAGUGAGCUGGAGGACAGCCUGGAUACCACUGCUGCCCAGCAGGAGCUACGAGCCAAACGGGAGCAGGAAGUAGCCAUGUUGAAGAAGGCCAUUGAGGAGGAGGGACGGAGCCACGAGUCACAAAUACAGGACCUGAGGCAGAAACAUGGUCAGGCUGUGCAGGAGUUCACCGAACAGCUGGAGCAGGCCAAAAGGGUAAAAGCUGGCCUGGAAAAAGCCAAGCAGGCUCUAGAGAAAGAGACAGCCGACCUCAGUGCCGACCUGCGAUCACUCGCCAGUGCCAAACAGGACCUGGAGCACAAGAAGAAGAAAGUGGAGGGUCAGCUGAACGACCUCCACUCACGCUUCAAUGAGAGUGAACGGCAGAGGACUGAGCUGGGGGAACGUGUCUCCAAGAUGACCAUGGAGCUGGACAGUGUGACGGCUGUGCUGAACGAGGCAGAGGGCAAGAACAUAAAGCUGAGUAAAGACGUCUCCACUUUGUCCUCCCAGCUCCAGGAUGCUCAGGAGCUGCUGUCUGAGGAAACGCGUCAGAAGCUGAACGUGUCCGGACGCCUGCGUCAGUUGGAGGAGGAGAGGAACAGCUUGGUGGAGCAGCUGGAGGAGGAGACUGAGGCCAAACGGGGCGUGGAGAGGCAGGUGUCCAGCCUCAAUAUGCAGCUGUCUGACUACAAGAAGAAGCUGGAUGAGAUGUCAGGGACCGUGGAGAUGCUGGAGGAGGGCAAGAAGCGGCUGCAGCGUGACCUGGAGGCAGCCAACAGCGAGUACGAAGAGAAGGCAUCGGCCUUCGAUAAGCUGGAUAAGAGCCGCAGCCGACUGCAGCAGGAGCUGGAGGACGUCCUCAUGGACCUGGACGGCCAGCGGCAGCUCGUCUCCAACCUGGAGAAGAAGCAGAAGAAGUUUGAUCAGAUGCUGGCAGAGGAACGAGCCGUGUCUUGCAAGUUUGCAGAGGAGCGCGAUCGGGCAGAGGCCGAGGCCAGGGAGAAAGAGACACGGGUGCUAGCUCUGGCCAGGGCACUGGAGGAGAACCAGGAGGCACUGGAGGAGGCCGAGAAGACUAUGAAGGCCCUAAAAAUGGAGAUGGAGGAUCUCAUCAGCUCCAAAGACGACGUGGGGAAGAGUGUCCAUGACCUUGAGAAGGCAAAGCGUGGCCUAGAAGCCAUCGUGGAUGAGAUGAGAACUCAGAUGGAGGAGCUGGAGGACGAGCUGCAGGUCGCAGAGGACGCCAAGCUGCGUCUAGAAGUGAACAUUCAGGCUCUCAAAAGCCAGCACGAACGGGAGCUGCAGGGCCGAGACGAGAUGGGCGAGGAGAAGAGGAAGCAGCUCACCAAACAGGUACGCGAGCUGGAAGCGGAGCUGGAGGAGGAGAGAAAGCAGCGUGGUCUGGCAUCAGCUGGGAAGAAGAAGCUGGAGGGGGAGUUGAAGAACAUGGAGGAUCAGCUGGAAGCCACUAACAGAGGCCGUGAUGAGGCCAUAAAGCAGCUGCGCAAGAUCCAGGGCCAGGUGAAGGACCUCCAGAGGGAGCUGGAGGACUCCCGCGCAGCCCAAAAGGAGACCAUCGCCUCAGCCAGAGAGUCUGAGCGCAGAACUAAGGCCAUGGAGGCCGACAUCUCGCAGCUGCAUGAGAUGCUGACUGCAGCUGAAAGAGCUCGUAAGCAGGCAGAGACAGAGAGGGAUGAACUGGCUGAAGAACUGACCAGUAAUUCCUCUGGAAAGACAAUGAUGUCGGAUGAAAAGCGUCGUCUUGAAACGAAGAUCAGCCAGUUGGAGGAGGAGCUGGAGGAGGAGCAAGCGACCAUGGAGAGCCUCAACGACCGACUGAGGAAGAGCCAACAGCUGGUGGAGCAGCUGGGUGCAGAGCUGGCAGCAGAGAGAUCCUCAUCCCAGAGCAAAGAGAGCUCCAGGCAGCAGCUGGAGAGACAAAACCGAGAUCUGAAAGCCAAACUGCAGGAGAUGGAAGGGCAGGGCCGCUCCAAACUCAAAUCCUCCAUCGCUGCUCUCGAAGCCAAGCUGAGAGAGGUAGAGGAGCAGCUGGAGACGGAGAGCAGAGAGCGUCAGAACAGCUCCAAGAACCUGCGCCAGAAAGAGAAGAAACUGAAAGAUUUGACCAUUCAGAUGGAGGAAGAGAGGAAGCAGGCGCAGCAGUACAAAGACCAGGCAGAGAAGGGCAACGUGCGGAUGAAGCAGCUGAAGCAUCAGCUGGAGGAGGCGGAGGAGGAGGCCCAGCGCGUGGCCGCCGCUCGCAGGAAGCUGCAGAGGGAGCUGGACGAGGCCACCGAGGCCAACGACACCCUCAACAGGGAGAUGGCGUCGCUCAGAAGCAAACUGAGGCGUGGCGGCGGGGACGCGCCGUUCUGCAGCCCCAGCCCUCGCAGCAGCGGCGCCGGUCUAGGCGUGGGCAACAGCAGCAUCAGGAGCUUCGGGAUGGGAGGAAGCGUCAGCCGGAGGAGCAACAUCAAAGAGAACUCAGUGGAGUUACAGGAGGAGGAGCCCCCCUCCUCUCCUGCCUGCACCCCUCCUCUGGACGCCCACGGAGACGCGUACACUUACUCUAAUGAGUAAACAGUGUAAGAGUAUGAUUUCACUGAAGUGGCCACAACAAGCUGUUAUUAAAAUUAAAGUGUCCUUUCACAAUAAAAACACAAAGUAUCAUUGAGAACUGAAAAAAACAUUUUAAAUGGUAUUAAGAAAUAUUUUUUAUUCAAAUUCUUGAAAUAAAUUAUUUGGUAAAUAUUCAUAGAUGUUAAGAAAACACAAAUAUUGUUUGGCAAGUUUAAAUACCAGAAUUUCACACGUGAGCCUCAUCAGACAGAAGAAUGAAAUGAACAUGGGAUUGUGUCCCUUUUCCCUUCACUGUAUGUAGGUUCUCACAGCAGCCAAAGUGCUGUUAGCACCACUUCUGUCCAGCGUUUCUGUGCUAGUUUUGGAUGCAAGUGUGUGAAAGUAACUACACAAACAGACUCCUCAGCUUUCGUCAGCUUUAUUUAUUGAAAUAAACGUUACAUUAUUUAAGAAUAUAAUUAUGCAGCAAGCACAAAGAAACACGAACGAUAUAAACCUAGCUCCUCAAAUUUAGUUUAAAAAGUAAACAGAAGAACCAGAUUAUCUCUAAAGUAAAUGGUUUGGAAUUUGUUUCCAGAGGUUUAGGUCAAACAAACAGAAGACAGCUAUUUGUACGUUGUGGAAAAAUAUUAUCAUUUAUAACAAUAAAUCUAACACAUAUGCUAUUGAAAUUGUCUCUAAAAUAUGCAUUGGGUUCUAUAUUGUUUAUUAAUCAAAUGCUGAUAUUUGUGCCUUGAUUGGUUUCAGAAGCUGGGACUUUACCUUUCAUGUUUUUAAAAUUUUGUGGAAACCAAAUGUAAAAUUUAAUUUACAUAUUAUUACCUGCAAUUAGGCAGUGGGACCUCAACCCCACAGACACAAAGCAUCGUUUUAAUGAAGGUGAUUGGGAAAAUGGCUGCUGAACUUUCUGCUUUGUCAACCAGUGAAGUGCUAAUAAACUUAUUAGAUGCAUGUGUUGUGCAAGUUCUUCGAUUACCCAGAAUAAAUAACAAGAACAUCAUUCUCCA